UGUUGGGACGGCAGCUCAGUGUUUUAAUUUUUUUAAAGAAUGGCGGGUGUACACGAAGGUCCCGAGUACGGGAUCGGUGAUUUUGUCUUACUGCAUGAACUUUCACUUGAUGCUUUUAUGAAUAAUCUGAAACACAGGUUUGAAAAAGUAAAAAUAUACACAUACAUUGGAGAAGUGCUGGUGUCAGUAAACCCCUACAGACAGUUGGAUAUUUACAAUAACAGUUAUGUUCAGGAGUACAAGGACAGAGAGAUUUAUGAGAGACCACCACACAUUUUUGCUUUGGCGGACAGUGCUCAUAAAACAAUGAGACGACAAGCACGGGAUACUUGUAUUGUUAUUUCAGGUGAGAGUGGCUCAGGUAAGACGGAAGCCUCUAAAAUUAUCAUGAGAUAUAUUGCUGCAGUCACCAACACCAGUGGACAGAAGGAGGUAGAAAGAGUCAAAGAUGUUCUUAUCAAAUCUAACAACAUUCUGGAGGCUUUCGGCAAUGCUAAAACAAAUCGUAAUGACAACUCAAGUCGUUUUGGAAAGUACAUGGAUAUUAAUUUUGAUUUUAAAGGAGAUCCUAUUGGGGGACACAUCAGUAACUAUUUACUUGAGAAGAGCAGAGUUGUCUACCAACAAAAUGGGGAAAGAAAUUUCCACUCCUUUUAUCAGCUGUUGUCAGGAGCACAGGAGGGGAUGCUGAGUGAGUUCAAACUUAGCCGAGACCCCAGCAAAUACAGCUUCAUCAACCAGGGGGGCGAUCCCAAGGUAGCUUCAAUAAAUGACAAGCAAGACUUCCGUGGUGUUAUGGAUGCCAUGAAGGCCACUGGUUUCUCAGAGGAUGAAAUAGCAACAGCUUGGAAAAUUGUUGCCUCCAUCUUACACCUGGGUAACAUAGAGUUUGAAGGUGAGGACCAGUCAGAGAUCAGCAACCAGGACGAGCAGAAGAUUGUGUCUUCACUGCUGGGGGUGACCCAGGAAAACCUGGAGAAGGCUCUCUGCUCCAGGGUGAUAGCAGCAGGUGGCCAGGUGGUUGAUAAACAUCUCAAUGUUCCUGAGGCUCACUAUGCCAGGAAAGCCUUUGCCAAGGCCUUGUACGACCGCUUGUUUACCUGGAUAGUUGGUCGUAUCAAUGAUGCAAUAGAUCCCAAGCAUGGUGGAAUUGUUGGCAAGAACACAGUCAUUGGUGUCUUAGAUAUCUAUGGCUUUGAGAUUUUUGACAACAACAGCUUUGAACAGUUUUGCAUCAACUACUGCAAUGAAAAACUGCAGCAGUUGUUCAUUGAGUUGGUCUUGAAGCAGGAGCAAGAGGAAUACAUGAGGGAAGGGAUAGAGUGGCAACAUGUGGAUUAUUUCAACAACAAGAUAAUCUGUGACCUGGUUGAAGUUCCCCAUCAAGGUGUUUUUGCCAUCUUAGACGAGGCUUGUCUCAAUGUGGGCAAGAUCACAGACGAGAUGUUCUUGGAAGCGAUGGCAAAAAAACUGGCUAAACAUGACAGAUUUACUUGCAGACAGUUGGAGCCAGCAGACAAAAGUCUGGAGCACCACAGAGACUUCAGGAUCAAACACUACGCUGGUGAUGUCACUUACAGUGUUGUUGGCUUCAUUGACAAGAAUAAAGACACACUCUUCAUGGACUUCAAAAGGCUUCUGUUCAACAGCUCCAAUAGGGUGAUUAAAUUCAUGUGGCCAGAAGGUGCCCAAAGUAUCACUGAGACCACCAAAAGACCAAUUACUGCAGGUACAUCUUUCAAAAACUCCAUGAUUGCUUUGGUUGAAAACCUAGCUAGCAAGAUUCCAUUUUAUGUGCGCUGCAUCAAACCAAAUGAAGUCAAGUCCCCCCUGCUGUUUGAUGAAACAAGGACUCGCCAUCAAGUCAUGUACCUGGGAUUACUUGAAAACGUCAGAGUUCGCAGGGCUGGCUUUGCCUACAGAAUGCAGUAUGAUCGCUUCAUGAAAAGGUACAAGAUGAUCUGCAAGAAAACUUGGCCAAACUUCCAUGGUCAGGUGACGGAUGGCGUGAAGACAAUUAUUGACACACUAGGUUUCUCGUCUGAUGUGAAGUAUGGGAAAUCCAAGAUCUUCAUCCGGUCACCACAGACAUUAUUCUCUCUAGAACAAGCCAGGGAUGCCAAGAUUCCAAGCAUUGUUCUCUGUUUGCAGAGGCAUGCACGUGGAGGUUUAGCAAGAAAGAGGGUUCGCAGAAUCAAAGCGGUUUAUUUAAUUAUGAGUCACUACAGAAAAUAUAAACUGCGCUGCUAUGCCCUUGCCUGCCUAGAGAGGUUUAAAAAUGCCAAGAGAAUGAAAGACUACGGCUUAAGUGUCCAGUGGCCUAAACCACCUAACUCAAUGAAAUCCACAGUGGAGCUGUUAAAGAGAGCACACGCCAGAUGGCGAGCCCACAUGAUUCUCUCCAAAGUCCCAGAGAAUGAAAAACCUAUGCUGCGGCUCAAAGUCAUGGCUGGUGAUGUCUUAGUUGGGAAACGCCAGGACUGGGGGGUCAAACGCAACUGGGAGGGAAAUUAUUUGGGAACUACAAAAGACAACAGCAACACAAGUGACUUCGUCUCUCAAGUCAACAUGCUAAAGAGCAGAGACGGUUUCUCUAAAAUUUUGUUUUCAUCCUAUGUUAAAAAGGCCAACAAAUACAACAAAACAGCAGAUAGAGGAGUGAUCAUCACUGAUAAAUUUAUUUACAAGGUGGAUGUGAAGAAAAAAUUUAAGCCUAUGAAUAAGGGGACACCACUGACAAAUAUCACAGGUGUAAGUGUUACACCUGGGAAGGACCAGCUGGUCAUCAUCCACCUGAGUGGUGGCAAUGACUUGGUCUUGUGUCUACAAAACCCAGCGCAGGAAGAAAGAGUUGGGGAACUUGUUGGAGUUUUAACAUCACAUAUGCACAAAAUUAUGAAAAAAGAUCUGAGAGUGAAUAUUUCUAAAAAUAUGAAUUGCAUGCUGGGAAACAAACCACGGACAGUAGUGGUCAAAGAAAUAGCUGAAAAUGGAGGAACUGUCUUUAAGAAAGAAGGAAAUGGGUUGGCACUUUGGUGGCCAAAUGCUUAAGAUUUGUUCUGUGUGAAAUACGCAAUAUAUACUGAUAUGUAAGACACACUGUGGUUAGUGCUCCAAAUAAUUAUAGUAACCCUAAUAUAUCCACCUGAGAAAUUUAUGAAGGGGCGAAUUCCUUUUUAUCUUGUACAUUUUUUAACAAAGUGUAGAAUUUGAAAUCCUUCAAACCAUUGAUAAGAUCCAGUAUUUGUAAAGACCACCAAGCUGAGCUGCUAUUUUACUUUUUUAGGUACCUGUACACUGGUUUUAAUUUGUUGUAACUUUAUCAAUAGAUCAUGGUUAUACCAACCCUUUAAUGUUUGCGGGUUAUAGUAGGGGAGGUAAGCCAUAUGGUCUGACCAACCCAUCCUCUGUUUUGAAAACAAGGGGAGAAAAGCCUUUUAGCACACCACAUGAUUGUUGACAUUUUGUUUAGUCCUGAGAGUUUACAAGCCACUGCAUUUGUUUUGUAUUCCAGAUUGUACAGUUAUUUACUCUUGUUUUUAAUGUCAGUUAGGUGUGAUUCCAAAUGGUACAGUUAUUUACUCUUUAUUGUCUAAAGGUGAUUCUAAAUUGUACAGUAUAGUUUUUAAAUUUCUAUGUUGGGUGAUUAGAUAGAAAACUGUGAUAUUCUUAUUUUAAAAAGUUUUAUUGGAACAUUUUGGGAUUUUAUUAACUGAAGCAAUGUUAUUUUUAAUGAUUUUCUUGUCAAUUUAAAAUAUCCACAUUUUUUUUCUUCACUUACGGCUAAAAAUCACAAUUGAUAAAAAAUAAAAAUUCAUCCAUGCAUUUUCCCCCUAAUUUGCAAUGAAAUCAGAUGUAAACAUUGAACGUAUGAACAGAUUCUAUCUCUGACACACCCUUUACAUAUGUUACACAUAUUGUUUUAUAUGAUUUUAGCUAAUUCUGUAUAUAUUAAAGCUUUUUAUUCAUACCUUAUUUAUACUGUCCAAGACUAUUACUACUUAUAAUAAGAAAAUAGAUGCAGCUUGAAUAAGGCUGAAGAAGAGGCUACAUUGGUCAUAUUGUUGUGCUGUUAACUUAAUGCUGCGUGUUUUGUAGCUUCUAGUGGCAUAAUUAUUUUGAUGUGCAGCAGUAUUAAAAGUUAUGGGUGUUUUAUAUUUAUUUAUGCUGCGCUAAAAAACUUGGCUAAAUGUGUUACUGUGCUAUAAAUCCUUACUUAAAUAUUUAAUAUCCGUGUUUAUUAAUCUUACUUUUUAUAUGCGCAUUUUUAAGACUGCCAAAAAAUGUUCUGUAAGUUGUGAAAUCAGGUUUUUGGAUGUUACUUAACAUAUUCGCCUUGUAUAUUUGUGUGCAAAUAUUAAAAACAUUUUUGUUAGAUUUUUUAUAAGGUGACUAGUGGAUUGUAAGAUGUCUUAAUAAUGUGAAACUAAAAAAAAAAUCAAGACAGUUCACUGAGAUAUAAUGAAAGACAGAAAACCAUUCCUUUUUGGUCAAUUAUAUCUGAAUGUUUCUGACAAUUUAAAAGUAGUUUCAUUUUUCACAAAUACCAUUUUUAAUUUGGUGUUAGGGUCAUACACUUUUUUUUAUUGCUUUGUAAAGUCUAGACAUUUUUUUAUACUAAUAUAUAGUCCAAUCCUUCAAGCUAUAGUAUUACUUAUGUAAUCCAUUUAUUUAUAUUUAUUGUAUCCUAUUUAUUCCUUUGAAUAAUUUUUUACAGGUCUUAUUUUCUCUAAGAGAAACAUUUUCAUUUUCUUAGCCAAAACUGUAUUGGAAUAUUUAUCACUGCGAUUUUGCUUUAGCUGUCAUGACGAUAUGCUUGUAAAUAUGCAAUUUGGAGUAGUCGUCCAUCUUGUUCUGUUGUGCCUUUGUGUUCUUUUAGAAAAUUCAACAACUGAUGUAACAAUUUAUAAUUAUUUCUUGAAAGGAAUUUACAUCCUAAUGGCCGGUAACUGUUUAAUGUAAUUGUUGGGAAAAUUUCCGUGGUUUUUUUUUUUUUUUUUUUAACUAUGCAUUUUUAACAUUCCUCAAAGUGAAUGCCUUAGUGAACUUUUCUGUUACCUCUGAAACCUGUGCUUGAAGUGCGUUUAUUCUUGUGAUCCCAGCUCUAUUUCACUGUGAUAUCAUCCCACUGGAAACAGCCUUAAUACUUUUUACUAAUUACUUUUUGAUCUGAAUAACUUUUGAACUUUUAGCUGCCUCCUUUCUACAUCUACCUUAUAUUAGAUCUUAUAUCUAUUAUGUUAAAUUAUUUGUAACUUGUACUUAUAACCAGCUAUUUUCUGUAGGACUGAAGUGUAUGUGUAUAUUGAAUCACCAAGUUCCAACUGCACACAAAUGCCAAAUGUUAACCCUAGAUCUAACUAUUGUGUUGAAUGUGAGGUUUUCUAAUUGUAUGACCACUAUGCUUAUGUUUUAAAUGAAGACAUCUGACUAGUUAAGGUUAACCCAAUAGAUCUAACUAUUGUGUUGUGUGUGAGGUUUUCUAAUUGUAUGACCACUAUGCUUAUAUUUUUGACAACUGACUAGUUAGGCAUUGAACUCAACGGAUACAUUGAGGAGCUAAACCACUUGUAGAUCAGAUGGUGAGCUAAAGGACAACCAAAAAUUCAUGAACUGUUCUUUAUUUUCAGUCAUUAAGUGAUAUCAAAUUAUGUUUGAAAUGAUGUACAACAGACCCAGCUACAUAUUUACUAUAUGGUGAACGUAAACUGCAUAUAUAUUAUUCUAUUGUUGAGUACUUCUUUAGUGUUGAUCUGCAAUCUUUGCUUAUUUACAAUAUCAUUGUCACUAGUAACAAUAAAUAUUGCAAUAUACU